UAGUCACACUACAGCACAGCAGACGUCCUGAAAACUACUCUUAUUUUUGCUGCCUUUGUUUCAGCAUUUAUGUACGUUGGUUUAAUCUAAUGCUGAAGGAUGUGAUGACAUUUCCACCUCUUUUCAUCUUAAGUAAAUGGGUGCUGGAUUACAUUUUGAGGACAUUGGUUCCGUCUCACCCCGCACAGUGAUAAGAGGCAAAAAAAUCAUGGGAAGGGGCUAAGAUCUCCAGGUAUAGUCAAGAUGCAGUACACCUCGUGCACAGAGGACCGGAUCCAGCACGCCCUGGAGAGGUGUUUGGAUGGACUCCGGCCAUCAGAAAGUCUGACACAGUCCUGGAAUGCUGGUUGGUGUUUGAACCGCUGGAGUCUAGAGGAGCUGGUUAAGAGAGACCCGGAUAAUUUUCUCAUCCUUCUACAGCAAAUUCUUAGAAAAGCCAGGGAGGUUCAGGAGGAGUGUCAUUAUGAACUCGUUGCCCCCUUAGCUCUCAUGUUUGAGUCCACACUAUUGCAGGUUCCACGUUUUCCAUCUGAUGGAGAGAUUCUGACUGAAGCUUGUGAAGUCUUCCAUGGUUUCCUAGCAUGGCCUGAGCCCUACUGCAGUGUGAGUCGGAACCUGCUUUCCACCUUACGUCAAGAGCUCAGAGCUCCAGGAAUUUCAUACCACAGACUGAUGAGUGAGGAACAAGGCCUGGCCACCACCAGUCUGCGUUCUAAGAUCAUUACGGUGUUGUUGAUGAACCCGACUGAGGUGCCUGCUGAGUUCCUGUCUGUGGCAGAACAGCUCAGUGGAGCAGAGGUCUCGCAGAGAGAGAGCAGUAUUACACUCAUUAAACACAGCUACCAAUCAGUGUUCGGAACCAAAUACUCACUACAGACCAUCAGCAAUUCUCUACAGUGCUUUAGUGAUGAUGAGCUGGCUCAGAUCCUCUCCUCAGUGAGUGACCUUCUAGAGUCUGCGGCAAUGAUGACAGACAUAACUAAAGCUCGAGAACAUGUCGUGGGAGGCCUUGAAGCAUUGCGGGAAAAACUUGACAUUCCAGCCUCCGGUGGCAAGACGUCAGAUGGGGCACUUCAGAUGCUCAGCAUUCAAGCAGCCAAGUGCUACACCUUCCAUUGGGACAAGGAUAAUUUUGAUGUUCUAAAUGACCUUCUAGACAUAGAAAGUGAAUUCACCUUAUCUCAGACAUCUGAGAGCAUGGGGGAGGAGGAUGAUGACAAUGUUGAUGUGGAAGAUGAUGAAGAUGAGGACUUGGACGAGAUGGAGAGGUUUGUAUCAAACGGUUGCGUUGACUAUCGGGCCUCAACCUUCUCCACUGUUUCAUCCCUGUCCACGGCCUCUAAAGACUCCAUGUUCUCCACUCUAUCAGUCACUUCCUCCGAAUGUUCUCCACUUUCCAUGCUCUCAUGUUCUUCUCAAGCAUCAGGCACAGACAGUGACUUCUGUGAGGAUGCAGAGGAGGACUGUGUGAGCACAGCAUCUGUCUCCAAGUCCAAAACCAGCGCACGACUUUCCCAGUGUCUCUCGCGACUCCUCAAACCUCGCAGCAGCAAAUCUCUCUGUCGAGCCAAGAGCCUGGGCAGCCCCGAGGCUCAAGAUUUAGUGGUAGCCGUCCGCUCAAAGAGAUUCAAUUCUCUACCACAGCAGGUCAGGCUGCGGAGCUCGGAGUUAGGGUUUCUGACAGGCCCCCUCUCGCAACUGCAUUAUGUUUGCUACAGAAGAAGACCCAUUCUGAGUAGCGAUGAUGAGGAAGGCCCAGUGGGGGCCACACUAGUCAGAGUGGUGGUGUUUGGGGCAGAUCACGUUGCAGGAAGGGUUGCCCGUGCAUAUAGCAGUCUAAGGAAAAGAGAGAGAGACUGUCCACAUCUUACCAAAGCUUUCAGGAUGAAGUUUUUUUUUAUGCCUGUGAGGAGGGAUGGAGCCCCAGUCAACUCUUCCUUGAGGAACUCUGGUUCUACACUGCAGCUCUCAGUGAGUCCAUUGAAAACAGCUGUCUCUAGCACUCAUCUCAGUGUAAACAGGAUAGAGGACAGCACCAAUGACAUAGCUAAUAUGCUGGGAAUGCUCGACCCCUGGUAUGAGCGGAACACACUGAGCUUGCUGGAUCUGCCAGUUAAUGUGGUGUGCCAGCAAACAUCAAAGAUUGAGUCAGACUUGUACGAGGGCACUGGUGAGGAGCGUUUACCGAUCUUUGCCGAUCUGGUGCUCUAUUACUGCCGCCAUGCCGCCUGCUCCACCCUCAUUCAACUCUACCAGGCAGAGUUGACACUAGCUGGAGGGGAAAGAAGGACUGAAGUGUUUGUUCACUCUCUAGAGCUGGGCCACACAGCUGGUACAAGGGCCAUUAAGGCAAUGGGUGCUGCAAGUAAGAGAUUUGGCAUUGAUGGUGAUCGUGAAGCUGUUCCUUUGUCACUGGAAGUAAUUUACAACAGAGUAAAUAUUAGUGGCAGGAGUCAGAAGACGAGGGCAGAGAAGUCCUGCACUUCUAUAAACCUUCUGAAAGCCUGCAGAAAUCCUGAGGAACUAGAUUCUAAAAUGGAGUGCCUUCAUUUCACAAUGACAGAAGUGCUAAAGAGACAAAACUCUAAAUCAAAGAAAGGCUACAAUCAGCAUCUCACCACCACACGAGUAAAGGUAGAUAAGGUUCAGGUUUGUGGAACUGACAACACCACCUUUGCAGUUUGUCUGGACCAAGAUGAGAAGAAAAUUUUACAAAGUGUGACCAGGUGUGAGGUAUCAGUUUGUUAUAAGUCAGAUGGUUCAGCUGACUGGGCGAGGGGAAGGGUGUUCUCAUCUCACAUCCAGCCUCUGCACCCAACCUUCUGCUCUUUGCUUUGCCUUCCAGUUGCCACUUUCAGUGGACCUCAGCCUUAGAGCAGGCUUGGACCCAAACUUCCAGCAUAAGAAAAGCCUCAUGUCUGGCUAAACCUACCAGCUUUUUGCUCAGCCUAUCUAUUUCAUGGAUUUAUUAUGAACGUUAGGUUAUCAUCGCACCCCAAAGACUAUGGCCUACAUCCUAAUCUUUAACACCUAACUCAAGCCCAAAGCUAAGAAACACUUUUGGGUAAAAGUGUUAUAUGUUGUUAAAUUGGUGGUCAUCGUAAAUAUGCACAACACUGGAGUUGUUUGUAUCACACUUCUGAGAUUCAAAUGAUGAUCUGAUGAUCAGUUGUUGUUUUUGCCUGAGAUGCAUUCUACUGAAUAUAAUUCAGUGGACAAGAGGGACUCAUCUGGCAUAGCACAUAGGGAUGAUACAGAUCUGCUCUCUGUGGACUUAUGACCAAUAUAAUAAUAAGGUUAUAAGCCAAAACCUCUGGCAUCCUUAUCCACGGUUUGGUACUUUUAAAUUAGAUGUUGUCAUUUGGAUUGGUUCAGAACUGAGGCCUGCGCUUGCCCUCACUGAAUCAGUCUAGAUCUGUAACUAUGAAAAGCAAUUCUCGUUCUAUCAUCUAUGUUGUUCUUGCACUGUCAUAUUAACCGGCACCUAAUUAAGCGCUGUGGACAAUGCAAUAAUGUGUUUGCAUAUGACUUAACACUUUUAUGUAGCUGUAAUGAACAUACUCAGGAAAUGUGUUUUCCUUUUAAAUCUUGUAAUCUUAAACUGUUUACUUAAGCUCGUUUGUGUCUCACCAGAGAACUGAGACAGUAAAGCCUCUGUUUUUUAGUCCUUACAUUUGUUUCUAUCAUAUUUUCAAUAAUAAUUUGUUUGUAAAUAUUUGUAUAGCUUCUCCACUAUUUCAUUUAAAUUACUUUAGGAUAACUGUCACUCUUUUGAAACCUGCCUUAAUUUAAUACCUCUUACAAUAGUUUGGUCUUUUGGCCAACAGAGGUCGCUGUAAACCAGUACUUCCCUGUGGCCGCUGAACAGUGGUGGAGAAACAAAAUGUAUCACUGACAGCCUUGAACAGCAUAGGUCAACCAGUAGUACACUGUGAUACUGACACAGUUUGUAACAAACUGUUAGUUGAAACCUGAAAAGAGAGGUAAAAUAUGUGAAAUGUAUAUUUAUCCCCUUAAAUGAACAGCAUAACCGUCCAACCAGUAAUUUUUUGCUUUAGAAACACUUCGAAAUUGUAUAUAUUUUAGCAAGAUUACUAAGCAGAGGUGUACAAUGUACAUAUGUUGCAUGUGUUUUUAUCGAAAAAAAAAUGUUUUUGCUCCCAUCUAUGGCCAACAGUUUCUAGUUUUUAUAAUGUCUGUCUUUAUGGAUAUAAAACAUUGCAGUUAUAAUACACUUAAUUUUGUUAUGACAACGCUGUUGGAAACGGUCUUGUGUGUAUAGACUGAAAUGACCAGGGCAACUGAAAUUUACACUGCUUUUUAGGAUCCCGGCAGCACAGAGAAAUAAUGCGGUACUUUCCAUGUGACUUGUGCUCUUAAGGUGCUUUAAGUGUCUUUAUAUUUGUAAAUUGUAACAUGUCAAAUUAAAAAUAUCUUAAAUAAUAAAAACUUUCUG